GCUACUGCAGCUGUUGCUCUGUGAGCGCCGUGCAUGUGUGCAUAUGUUGGGGUAACAGCCAGCAGGGCUGAAGAAGCCUUUUUCCAUUUCAUCAGUGAACCUAUCUCCCGUUACUGGUUCAAACUAAAAUGUUGAUUUUAUGCCCACCCCUUUUUCCAUUUGCCCGUCUCUUGUGAAGCACAGCGCAGGUUGUGAUGAUCGUGAACAGCUUACGACACUCAGCGAGCAGGAGAAGCCUCUGCAGGCUGUAGCUUCUUCCUACUGGGCUGCAAGGAAGCCUCGCUCUCUGGCUUUCUCUCUCUUUUUUUUUCUCCCCCCCCCCCCCUCUGCUCUUAAGCAUCUUCUUUGACAAGCCAAGAGAAGCAGGAAUGGAAAAUCAAGCCAUUUUGAGCCCGUCCGGUUGGAAAAGGGAUUUUAAGCUGCCUCGGAGGAGUAGAAAGAUGUUCCCGGUUCAUCUCCAAUGACGGACGCUAAAGAGACUGUCAAAAUCCUGGGGAGCUGUUCAGAGUUUCGGAAGGGGGUCUCUGCUUCUUUCUCGGGUGUAUUUUUUUUUCCCACCCCUCCUGCCCUCUCCCUCCCCACGUCACCGAACGAACUGCAGAGAAAAAGGACAGAGAGAGAGAGAGAGGGAGAGGAAGAGAAUGGAAGGAAGGAUGAUCAUCAACCGUGAUGCCCCUACUUCUCAAACUUGGUGCUGGGAGUCAGCUUAAAAAUAAGGAGGAGGAAGGGAAAAAAAAGAAAAAACCAGAAAGGAAAGGAAAAAAAGAAAAAAAAAAGAGAUAGCUGGACAUGCCUCUCGCCCUCCGAGAUGAAGCAAAGUAGACAUUGUGCGCCUGCCAGCCGUGCCAAAAGCUGAAAGCGUCCGAAUUUGUAGCAACAGAGAGCUCUUUUUGAGCCCUGCAUAUAAUUAAGUCAAACACAAAGGAAGCUGCUGAAUGGAGCUUGUCAAUCUCUGGAACAGGGUGGGUAAGACACUUUUUAAUUUCAUUCUCUCGUGGAGAGGGGUGUUUUUUCCCCCCCAUAAUUGUUCUCGUCUUUGCGGCGGUGUCUAAAAAUGGACAGAUUCUCGUGUAUCUUUUGAAUGCUUCUGAACUUUAAAGGCUGUAAUACAGAGUCCUGCAUGCUGCAUUUAUGUCCCCCCGAAGCCCCCAACAAGUCCAAGAUUUGGCCCGAUGACUCUCUUAUUUUUGCCUGUGACUGUCCCCUUGCCCUUUUGCUGACAUAUGAUGUGAUGUAGAAUUUAUACGGAGAAAGGCAAGUGACCAGUCAAAGAUUCAAUGGACUUUCUCAAGCACAUUUGGGGAUAUUCUUGCUAAUGGAUUUCCUUCUCAUUGGGGUCUGUUUAAACUGGCUGCUGAAAAAGCCCCCAGGAUUGAUCCUGUGUAGCCUGGGUGUUUUUUUAAAAAUGCUUCCAGCCGUGCACACUGGGUGUCCGCAGCUUUGUCGGUGCGAGGGCAGGCUUCUCUACUGCGAGUCGCUGAAUCUCACCGAGAUGCCGCACAACCUGUCGAGCGUGAUGGGUUUGUCAUUGCGGUACAACAGCCUUUCGGAGCUGCGUGACGGACAGUUCACCGGGUUAACGCAACUCACGUGGCUGUUUCUGGAUCACAAUCACCUUUACUCCGUCGAGGCACACGCCUUUCAGAAGCUCCGGCGAGUGAAAGAGCUCACGCUGAGUUCCAACAAGAUCACCCAACUGUCCAACAGCACUUUCCGGCCGAUGCCAAAUCUGCGCAGUGUGGAUUUAUCCUACAAUAAUCUGCAGGCUUUGGAGCCGGACCUGUUUCACGGCUUGCGCAAACUCACCACGUUACACAUGCGGUCCAAUGCCCUUAAGUUUGUGCCUGUUCGAAUCUUCCAAGACUGCCGCAGCCUCAAGUUUCUCGACAUAGGAUACAAUCAGUUGAAAAGCCUGGCUCGCAACUCUUUUGCGGGCUUGUUCAAACUCACCGAGUUGCACCUGGAGCACAACGACUUGGUGAAAGUCAACCUGGCCCACUUCCCCAGGUUGCUCUCUUUGCACUCCCUCUGUCUCCGGAGGAAUAAAGUCACCAUUGUGGUGAACUCCUUGGACUGGGUAUGGAAACUGGAGAAAAUGGACCUCUCCGGCAACGAGAUCGAAUACAUUGAACCUCAUGUUUUCGAAAGUGUACCUCACCUCCAGUCCCUUCAACUGGAUUCCAACCGGCUCACCUACGUCCACUCCAGGAUCCUCAACUCCUGGAAGUCUCUUGUUAGCAUCAGCCUCUCGGCCAACGCCUGGGAUUGUGGCCGAAACAUCUGCGCAUUGGCCACUUGGCUCAGCACUUUUAAAGGCCGCUACGACAACAACUUGCUCUGUGCCACCCCUGAAUACGCACAGGGUGAGGAUGUCUUGGAUGCUGUCUAUGCUUUUCACUUGUGUGAAGAUGCCACGGACCUCACCACCGAUGGGGACCUCCUCUCGGCUGCGGUCAACCAUAGUGACCCGACAGCCGGCUAUAAUCCUUCGACUCUGACCUCUGACCUGCAGGAGGCAGAAGGGGAUGGAACCACCGACGUCGUGACCCUCACCAUCCCCAACGAGAAGACUGAGAAUGCUGUUCAGAUCCACAAGGUGGUGACGGGGACCAUGGCCCUCAUCUUCUCCUUCCUUAUUGUGGUUUUGAUACUGUAUGUCUCUUGGAAAUGUUUCCCGGUCAGCCUCAGGCAGCUGAGGCAGUGUUUUGUGACCCAGCGUCGGAAGCAGAAGCAAAAACAGACUAUGCAUCAAAUGGCUGCCAUGUCAGCCCAGGAAUAUUACGUUGAUUAUAAACCCAAUCACCUCGAAGGAGCUCUGGUGAUCAUAAAUGAAUAUGGAGCCUGUACGUGCCACCAGCAGCCAGCAAGGGAAUGUGAGGUGUGAUUUUAAUUUUGUUUUUGUUUUUUUUUUCCAGUGGGGGAAAAUUUCACUCGGUGUGCAACCAAAUAGCAGUGAGCAAAUUACUAAAAUAAAUAAAUAAAUAAAAAAAAAGACAAUUCAAUAAGGGUUGACUUGGCUUACCGGGGCCUUUGUGUGCCGAAAAUGUUUUGGUUUUGUUCUGUUUUUUUUUUUUUUUUAAAGGAGCUGUCCCAAAAGACAGGAUGUUAGCUUUAUUGUGGCUAAACCCUUUCAAGACGUUCAACUUUCUGAAAUGAGUUAUUUCCUAUAAGAGCUCUCUGUGUGAAAGAUCUGCCGAUAAUCAGAAAAAGAAAGUGUAAAAAAAAAAAAAAAAAGUAACGAUUACUGAUUUUUUUUUUGUAAAACCACCACACAAAAAAAUAUGUUUAAAAAAAAAAAUAAUAAAAGCAAAAAAUAGCAUUUACAAUUUUUA